AUUGCGAUUGAUAUACUCUUUGGCGAUUGAUUGUGACUUGUAAUAUUAAUAAAAAAAGAAUUGGCAGGGACGCCUUAUAACCUUUAUCUUCUUCAUUUAUAAUUUAAUUAAUCAUAUAUGAUAUUUGAAUAUAAAAAGCAAUAAAGUCGUCAUAAUGACUUUUUUUCAUAACAUAAAUUUGUCAUUUAUUGUCACGAGUUUAUUAUUGUGUUUGAUUUUGUGCACUAACAAUUACGUUAGGGCAAAAGAUAACGAUGCAGAAAGUAUUAGUAAAAUUGGGCAAGGAGUUGGGCAUAUUAUGAAUAUUUAUUACUGUUACUCUUGUGGCUACAGAAAAGUAUUUGAAGAUUAUGCCGGAAUUAUUCAACAAAAGUACCCAGAGAUAUCUGUUAUUGGAGCAAACUAUGAUCCUCCUGGUCUAAACAUGUAUCUUUCCAGAAUGAUUGGAUUUGGAAAAAUGAUUUUGAUUAUGUGCAUUUUAAGUGGUGUCAACAUUUUUGCUUGGUUGAAUAAACCUCAACCAGCUUGGUGGAGUUGGUGCCUUGAAAACAAGUUAUAUGCCUGUAUGAUGAUGUUCUUCUUAGCUAACAUGAUUGAAGGUCAGUUAGUCUCUUCAGGUGCAUUUGAAAUUUCACUUAACAACAUUCCAUUAUGGUCGAAACUGGAAACUGGAAGAAUUCCACAGCCACCAGAGUUAUUUCAGAUAAUUGAUAAUACUUUACAAUUCUCCAAAAUGGAUAUGCCCAACAGUAACUUUGUCUAAAAUAAAAUUUAAUAUUGUUGAAAACUCAAUAUUGUCUUAAGAUUUAUUGAUAGGUAUGUUGUUUGUGUAAUAAAUAUAAAGCAUUUGUAAAAUUAUCAAAACGCGCAUUUUAAUACUUGAUAUAGUAUUAGUGUUGAUAAGGGUGAUUGGAAAUAUAUGUAUUUUGAAUACCAUCUAUUAGGUAACAAUGUAUUUUAACUGUAUUAAGAAAAAUAUUGUCACGUAAUUGUGUUCAAAUCUAAAUGUAUAUCAAUAGAUAUUACAGUUAAACUUAAAAAAAUAUUUUCAGUUUACUGACAGAUAUUUUUUGAAAUAUAUGUAAAUGUUAAUUGUCAUUAUAUCACAAGAUAAAUAUUGAGAUAAAAAUAAAUAAAAAUCAUCUCUAUAUUUAAUAUAUUUGUCUGUAUAGUUAGGUCCUACUUAAUCCAACAAAUACCCACUUAACAAUGUUAUCUGUAAUAAAUAAAAGAGUUUAAUGUUAUUUCUAUACAUUGUCUGAUGAAACACGUUUAUAUUUACGGAUGUGAUGUGAUGAACUGUUUAUCUUUUUCUUUUGUAGUUGUGGGGUAAUGAUAAAUAAAUAAGUCAUGAGUAUCUUAA